CUCGAUCCAGACCAUGAUCCAGACUCCAGUGGACUGAGUGGUUAACCCUGUUAGUAAAAGUGUUAGAUCUAUGUAGAUCACAGGUUUAGAGCUAUUCUAGAUCUAAAAAAUCUUGGGGCAAGCUUUGUACUUGUAUUGAAGCAGUAGAAAUUAUACACUUGUUACUGUAGACAGUGUUAGUCAAGUUAGUCACAGUUAGUGUAAGUGUAAGUGUAGUCUAGUGAUAGUGAAGUGACACAAGUCAACUCAGGACUCAAGUCUCUUGUGUAACAAGUUGCAAUUCAUUCUAAUUGAGAGAGUCAGACGGAAAACAACUCACAAUGAGUGUGAAUAAAAAUCUAAAUCCUUUAUUGGAUAAAAAGAGUAAAAAUGACAUCACUAGUGGAGGCCUUUCCCUUACCUCAAGUCUAUUAACAGGUCAAAGUCUUCUAGCGAAAUUUGACACAAGUACCAGGACAUUCAAAACUGAAAACCAGAGUUUGCUGUCUACUAAUUCAUCAAAAUUGCUAGCAACAGGAUCCUCAACUUUACUAUCAACUGGAAGCUUAAAACUGCUAACAACUGGCUCAUCAGCAUUGUUGACAACUAGUCUAAACAAUCCACUUUUAAGUACAUGUAGCACUCUCAGUCCUUUAAGCAGUGACAAACCUUUGCUUAGUUCCCAAAAAACAGUAAAUACUGAGGCUAAGCGCUCACCACUUUCCAAACCUCCACAUCUGGAAUCUGGCUUGAAGAAGUUGACAUUGGCUUCUGUUAAAGAAUGUCCUCAACCAUCUCAUAGUGUGUCAGAAGUAUCGCAUUUUAAGGAGACAAAAUUGAUGCCUGAAAGCAAUGAUAAAAAAAGUUUGUCCAAAAAAAGACUUUUAGGCAGCUCUUUGCAAACAGAGAAGAAAGUCAAAUUAGUGUCAAGAUCAGGAGAAGUAAUGAGUCAGUCACUCAAGCAAUAUGCAGUAGAAGCUCCUGACUACUAUAUCAAAUAUGAGAAAGAAGAUGAGUUUAUGGAGUUUGAAUUACCUCAGUUUGUUCUUCCAACUAAAGACAUGCGACUAACUCACUCUGUGGGGAAAUCUCUGGUUGACAUAACAGGAAUCAAGAGAGGACUGAUAAACUGUGUCAGUGGAUCCCUUAUCUCUCAGCCAAACUUUGCCAUCCCAUGGGAUAAAACAAGGGAACAAAUUACGGCUCAAGCCCUUGCAGUUAUUCCUUAUGAUCCAGAGUUCAUCUUAAAAGUGGCGCUCUACUCUAGGAAGGAGUUAAACAUAAGAACCACUUCAAACUUUCUACUAGCCUUAGCAGCAAGCGAUACCUCCUGCAGGGUGUUUGUAAAGAAAUAUUUUUGCAUCUCUGUAGCUCUGCCCUCUGACUGGAUUGAGGUGGCUGAACUAUUUCAGACUCUAGUAGAUAAAACUUUGAAACCAGGUGCUCUCCCUGCUGCCCUUAGAAAAGCAAUGAUUUCAAAAUUUCCUGAGUUUGAUAAAUAUCAACUGGCCAAGUACAACAAAGAAAGUUCUGGAAAGAAAAAAAAAUCUAAAGCCAAAAAACUUGAGGAUCAAACUAAAAGUAAAAAUAAAAAUCAGAAACAAUCCAAAGAACAGCAAAAAUCAGAGAUGGAUCAUCGCCGUGGAGACAGAAAAGGAAAGCAUAAAAAGCGGGGCUUUUUUGAUAGUGAUUCAAGUGAUUCAGAAGAUGAAGGAACAUCAGCAUUGAGACAUCUCAAUGUUUUGUAUGAUGAUACAGAAAGUUUUGAGGAGUUAAGGAAACAAAAGUUUACUAUCAAACAACUCAUUAGAAAACUUCAUAUCAGAGAACCUGUUGAGCAUGUCAUGUGUAUCAUUGGAAAAAAAUAUCCCAACACCAUGGAAGAAUUCUAUAAAAGCCGCCUGCCAGGUACCUGGGAAGAGGAAAGAGCUGGAAAACGGAUGAAGCUACCCAUCCCAGAGACUUGGGAAACUCAAGUCUCUUUGAAAGGCAACAAAGCCAAAACAUGGGAGGAUUUAAUAGAUCACAAAAAACUUCCUUAUAUGGCCAUGUUGAGAAAUUUGAGAAACCUGAUCAAGGCUGGCAUCUCAUCCAAACAUCACAACUUUGUUCUCAAACGUCUUUGUGAUCAAAAAUCUGUUGUCAAUAGUAAACAGUUUCCCUUUAGAUUUUUCUCUGCCUAUUUUGUGCUGACAGAACUGGAGGAAGCAUAUGAGAACAAUCAGAGAGAAAUCAUUCAAGCUGCAGAAGCCCAAGCAUCAACUGAAGCGGUAGGGGGCUUUUCUUCUUCAAGCAGAGGUGGUACGAGAGGUAGGGGCCUACGUGGUCGUGGCUCAGGUCGUGGUCGUGGUGGCGGCUCAGGUCGUGGUGGCUUGGGAGUUGUGCGAGGUCGAGUUCUAAAAACCUCUAAAAGAGGGGGUGCAAGAGGGAGAGGUUCCUCCUCCAAGUCUGGUGAUGAGUUCCCUUGGUGGCUGCUGAAGAAAAUGAAAAAGGAAGCUAAAGAAGGCAUUAAAGAAGUUCCCUACGACAAAAACUUACUUCAGAGGUACAAGAAAUCUCUUGACACAGCGGUUAAAGUUGCAACAGUCCAUAAUGUUCAGCCCAUCAAAGGGUGGACUGUUUUAUUGUGUGAUAUCGGAGAGAACAUGGACCAACCAUGCAGUAGUGCUAAAGGCUUAGGAAAGCCAAGAACACUGAAAGAAAUUUCUGUCCUUAUGGGUCUGAUGUGCAAGUACAGUUGUGAGCAGUGUGAGAUGUUAGUCUUCUCAGAAACAGGAUUUCAAAUUGUGGAGCUUCAAAAGGGAACAAUAUUGGACAAUAUGGAUGUUGUACUGAAGGCUCAGAUAACUAACUCUCAGAAUGAAAUGGUUGAAGGAAUUCCUUAUGAUGUGCUAUUAGAAAAGCUACGUGACAGAAUUCAAAUUGACAACCUACUAAUAUUUGGUGAGGACUUCUAUCCAUACACUUCUAAAGGGCACCUGAUUGGCGAUUUCCUUCGCAAUUACAGGCACUUAGUCAACCCUGACCUCCUGUAUGUCUCUGUGACAUUUUCAGGCUCAAAAGCAGGGUUUGUGAUGAAUAUCCAUCCAGAGCAUGACAAUGAUGUGUACAUCUCUGGUUACAGUGACUCCAUUCUCAGGUUCAUUGCUGAGAGAGGAGAUGCAGCUAUGGUCAACCAUGUUGACAGGAUAGAUGCUGCUUAUCAACUUGUGCAAAUGUCUAAAUGCAAAGUCAAGCAACAAGAAGACAAGCCACUUGUGCUGCCCAGGGCCAAUACUUUCCAACUUACUCCCCCUAUACCUAGCUGGAGAACCAUCAGAGUCUUUAUUUCUUCCACAUUUCGUGAUAUGCAUGGGGAGAGAGACUUACUGACUAGAUUUAUUUUUCCUGAAUUGAGGUCUCUAUUUCAAAAACGCUUUAUAAACAUCCAUGAGGUUGAUCUGCGUUGGGGCUUGACUGAAGAAGACACCAAAGAUAAUAGAACUCUAGAUAUAUGCCUAAAGGAAGUGUUGAGGUGUGAUUUGUUCAUUGGCUUACUGGGUGAGCGUUAUGGCUGGACACCCAGCUAUGUGCCAGACAGUCCAGAGUUUGACUGGGUUCACAGUUAUCCAGCUGGGGCCUCUGUCACAGAGUUAGAGAUUCAUCUGGGUGCUCUUUCCAAAGUGGAACAAGCAAGAGACACUGCAUUUUUCUUUUUUAGAGACAGCACUUUUGAAAAGGAUAUUCCCAAAGCAUUUGAAUAUGAUUUCAAGUCAGAGUCAGAACUGCACAAGUCAAAAGUCACAGUCUUGAAAAAAAAGAUAAAAAAUAGUGGAUUGGAAGUCUUUGAUAACUACCCAUGUCACUGGGGAGGUUGUGUUGAUGAUAAACCCAUAGUAGCAGGACUUGAUCAGUUUGGAGCAAGAGUUUUGAAUAAUUUGAUCAAUGCUGUGAACAAACUUUGUCCUGAACAGGAGGAGGCAAUAACAGAGGAAGACCAUGUUAACAAUCUUCAGUGGGCUUUUGUUGAGAACUGUAGCACUGAAUUCGUUGGGCGCAGGCAGCUGGUCCAUCAAAUCGUUGCAAAGAUCAACUCUAAAGACUCUGGUAUUCUGGGUGUGGUUGGUAAAUCCGGAAGUGGCAAAACAGCUUUGAUGUCUGCUGCUAUCAUGCAGUACAGCAAGUGCAAGAAUGUGAAUAGAUCUCUCAAUGUAUUCAUUAACAUUGCUGGCUCUGCCCCUGGCUCAACUAGUUUAAUUGCAACACUAAGGAGGUUAGCUCAACAGAUUAACAAGACAUUUGGACUAGGCUACACCUUGCCUGAGGAUUUCAAAAAUGUUGUUCUCAAGUUGCGGGAAAUCCUAGAAGAAGCAGCUUCUCUUUGCUCCUCUAGACUGGUGAUCUUUUUGGAUAGUUUGGAUAUGAUGGAUUCUGCUAACCAACCAUGCAGUCUAGAGUGGUUGCCCUUGCCAAUUCCUGAUAAUGUAGUUAUAGUAAUCAGCGCAACCGAAGGAGAGAAAACUCACAAAUCCCUAAAGAGACUUAGCCUUGAGGAGAUCAACAUUGGAGGCUUAGAUAUGUGGGACAAAGCAGAACUGGUUAGAAAUACAUUGGCCAAGCACCGCAAGAGUCUGGAUGAAUCUGGAUUUAGCAACCAGAUGAAACUGUUGAUGUUAAAGAAAGAUGCUCACAAUCCUUUGUAUUUGAAACUAGCUUGUGAAGAACUUAGAGUAUUUGGAGUAUUUGAAAGGAUUUCUGACAAGUUAAAAAGUUUACCUCAGACUACUGCUCAAAUGUUACAAGAAAUUUUAAGCAGACUUGAGCAGGAUCAUGGGAAGGAAUUGGUUUCUGUAUCUUUGAGCUUAUUGGCAUGUGUCAGAGAUGGUCUAUAUCCAGAGGAGCUUCAUGAACUUCUGAGCUGGCACAGAAUUCUAGGAUCAGAAAAAUUUGAGCCUCUUGAUCUGUGUAAUCGUAAUCUUGAGAUUAAAGAUUUCCUGCCUCCACUUGUUUUCUCAUUUUUAUUCCGAUCCAUCAUGAGUUUGUUAAACCCAAGUGCUACCUGGUCACCAGUGUUAGGAUUGGCCAAUCAAGAGAUAUGUACAGCUGUUCGUCUGCGUUACUUCAAAAACACAGAUAUUAGUUUAGAGAGUAACUUUCACAAACUUUUAGCAGGUUACUUCAUGAAGCAAGCUGAUCCAUUGAAAGACAACUCCUGGCACAGUCACAAUACAAAAGCAUUCUCAGAGUUGCCAUUCCAUUUGGCUAAUGGAGGUAACUUCCAUGAACUGGAGAAUGUUUUGUGUAACCAUAAAUUUAUUCAAACUAAAUGCUCGCUGGGACUGGCAACAAAACUAAUGGAAGAUUUUACACCUAAAGUUUCAGCUGGUAGCAAAGUUUUGGAGAAAAGUCUUUCCAGGUUUUUAUCUCAGCCAAGAGUUGAAGAGUACAAGUCAUUUAUAUCCAGGAAUAUUGAAGUUUUGGUCAGUUAUCCCUCUUUGGAAUGGCAGCAAGCUCUGAAUGAACCUUCUGAAUCUAUUCCUUGCAAAGACGCUGAAUCCCUUGGCAUCAGUGAAACACCAACUCCUCACAUGGUCUGGCUUAAUAAACCAGAGGUUGUCAGCCAGUGCUUUCUGACCCUUUCCAACUUUAAAUUGCCUGUAACUAGUAUAGCCAUCUCUCCUGACAGUACAAAGUUUGCAACAGGCUCUGAAGAUCUGUUAGUGAGACUUUAUGACAUGGCAACAGGAAAGGAGCUUCGAUUUUUCACUGGCCACUCAGAUGAAGUGUCAGAUGUUUGCUUUGUCGGUAACAAUCAACUUUGUAGUGGUUCUGUGGACACCAUCUUGUGUCUCUGGGAUAUUGAGCAUGGACACAGACUUCAGACGUUGAAAGGGCAUGGACGAAAAGUGAGUUCUUGUGCUUCAGACAGGCAGGGUAAACUGAUUGUUUCAGGUGGCUUAGACUGUUUUGUCUUUGUCUGGAGGGCUGCUAGUGGCGAGAAGUUGUGUGAUUUCAACAUAGGAAGUCCAGUGAACUGUGUUGACUUCCAUCCUAAUGAAGAGCAGAUAGUAGUCGGAAGCUGGGACUCUUUGAUACGUAUUUACAACUAUUUUCACAAGACUCGGAUCGCUAUUCUGCGUGGCCACAGUACAUCUGUGAGAGACAUUGCAUAUUCUGUUGAUGGAAGACAUUUAGCAUCUGCUUCUCUCGAUGGAGACAUUAAAAUUUGGGCAGCUGAUAAAGGCUCUCAGGUAGGAAAUGUCAAAGGUCAUUGUGGACCAAUAAGCAAAUUGGCAUUUUCUCCUAGUGGGAAAGAGCUUGUUACUGCUGGAGAAGACCAUCAGAUAAAGGUGUGGUCUGGUGAAUUGGGCAUUCCUCUCCACAAACUUCCUACCACCCCAUUGGGUGCAGCAGUUUCUGUUGCUAUAGCACCAGAUGGACACACUGUAGCUGUUGGCUAUCACCUGGGAGCAGUUCGCUUGUAUGAUCUAAACACAGGUGUCAAGAUGUUUGAAGUCAAACUAACACCUUGUGCUGUCAGAGCUUUGACUUUCUCUAAGAAUGGGAAUUAUAUUCUGUCUGGUAGUGAUGAUGCCAUUGUCCAGGUAUUUGAAAAUGGCCAAGGGUCCAAAGUGUGUACGCUAGUAGGACACAGUAAAGCAGUUUUGUGUCUCUACACCAGCAAAUCUUAUGUCGCAAGUGGUGGUGAAGACUUCACUUGUUGUAUCUAUGAAGAUAUUCAAAGACUCAAAAGCUCAAAAAAAGCUGAACCUCAUAUAGUUCUUAAAGGUCACAUUGGACCUGUAACAUCAUGCUGUAUCAAUGAUGAAGAAAGUCUAUUGGCUACAGCCAGUAGAGAUGCUAGUAUUAGGAUUUAUAAUCUGAGGGACAUUUUCAUCACAAGUGAUCCACAACCCAGUCAGACAAUUGAUGCUUGCCAUGCAGACUGGAUUAAUGCAGCUCAGUGGUCAAACACAGGGCAAUUUUUGGUGACAGCUUCCAAUGAUUUUAAUUUAAAAUUAUGGGAUGUGAAAAGUGGAACUGAGAAGCUGCUUCUCUCUGGACAUACAUCAGCAGUAAACUGUGUGGCAUUCAAGUACGGAUGUAUUGUGUCAGGCAGCAGUGAUGGUCAACUUAAAGUCUGGUCUCACAAAGGUGUGUCCAUCACCACACUCUUUGGUCACUCUCUGAGGGUCAAUGCUUGUGACAUGUAUGUGAAAAUCAAGUCGAAGGAUAGUGAUGAAGAAGAUGGACUAGAAAAGAGUUGGGCUGAGAUUGCCAUGGAGACUGAGGAUGAAGGAUCGGAUGGAAAAAAGCCAGUCAAAAAGGGUGACAUAAACAUGCAAGAUGUUAUCGUGGCCUCCGCUGGGGAUGAUGGAGAGGUUUGGAUAUGGAGACCUCUUCAGGCUAACAGUCUUGCUUGCCUUACUGGACAUUCAAACAGGGUUCUCUCUGUAGACAUUGACAAGCAUUGUCACAUAGCUAGCAGCUCUCUUGAUCACUCUGUCAGAUUGUGGCAACCAAGUUUCAUUAAAGUAAAUAGUUCAGUGAAACAUGAUAGCCCUGUCACUUUCUUGUCUGUGCUUGGCAACUUAGCUUUAUCUGGCAGCAGAGAUGGUGUUGUGAAGAUUUGGAAAAAAGAUUCUGAAAACAAGUUUCAGUUGCAGCACAGUUACCAGGCUCAUGAAAAAUCUGUCAACUGUGGAAGUUUUGACUCCUAUUCUGGUGACAAAUUUUGGACUGGAGGUGAUGACAACUAUGUUUAUCUUUGGGAAAUAAUUGAUCGUAAAGAUGGCUUUUUUGUCAGAAAGAGACACUUCUACAACACAGAUAUGCCUGUUGCAGCUUUAGCCUCAACUCGUAACCCUGGACAGUUCAUUUACACCACUUGGAGUGGAGCCAUUUUUCUUUAUGAUAAAGCACCAAAGUUUCUUUACAGUAUCAAGUGGAAUCAUCAAUCAGCACGGAGAGGAGCAUUAGUUGCAGUCAACAAGUGGGCUCAAUCCCUACUUGUUAGGCAAGAUGAGCCCGAUCAUUUUAUCAUUGGAUCAAACUGUAAUGAAUUACUUUCUCUGCAGUUGGAAUCCAAUUCGACUGAAGCUGUAGUCAAUAGCAAGGUAACUAUUUCUGCUGAAGAGACUGACAGAAAUGAUGUGAAAAAGCCGCCAAACUGGGUCAAUGCCAUCGCUUAUAGUAAUGGUCUGACUUUUGCUGGAGACUCUAAUGGACAAAUUUUUUUAACUGGCUUGGGCUAUAAGAUGACUGUUAAGAUUCACAGGUCAGCCAUUACUUCUGUCCAGGUUAGCGAACCAUUAUUAAUCACCUGUUCCCUGGAUAGUACCAUUAAAGUCUGGAACUUUAAGUAUCAUGACGAUUUCUAUAUGAAUCAAGUUGGUCAGUUUUUUUGUCCAGCACCUAUCUGGAGUCUGCAGAUUGCUCAUGUGAUUAGUAAAGGAGACAAAAAGAAUAUUUUUCUCCUGGCUGGAGAUCAACACGGAAACAUCCAUCAGUUGCUUUGGAAAUCUUAGUAGUGUUGGCAUUCACAAACGACAAGCAUACAUUUCUUGAAUUUAACUAAAGUGUUGCAUUAAUAUCUUUGCCUUUCAUAUUUUGAUGAUUAUUGAAGAAAUAUUUCAUUAUUUAUACAUUGCAACAAAUUAUUUCAUCUUAUAACAUAAGCUACAUAAGUCAUAUUGCAUAAGACAUUCACCAAGUAGGUGAUUUUUUUUUUUGACUGCCUUAUAGAAUGUGUAUCUAUUCUUCUAGAUUGAUGUAACUGUAAUUGUACGGUUUCUAUCAUUAGAAAUUUAUUAAUUUAUUACUAUUAUACAAAUGUUGAAGGCAUUAAACCUAAAACUUUAUUCAGGUUUGUUGACCAAUGAUCACAGUUUUUACUUGUAUAAUGUACAAUUAGGGUCACAAGGUGCUCACUACAUAGCUAUAAUGUUCAUCAAGUUAACUUGGUGGAUCUAUGUUUUUUUCUGUUUUAUGUUUUUGUUGAUUUUUUCUUUCUUUAAUUGUUGCUAGUUUAGCUUCAGCUGUGAUUUAAAAGUUUAUUGUGAGGAAACACAAAUGUGAUAGAUUUUUUUCUACAUCUUUGUACAAUUUGAUCUUUCUCGGGUAUACAUUGUUUCAUAUGCUGUUUUUUUUUUUUAAAUCUUUAUUCGUAUCUUGUUAAAUUAUUAUACAUUUGUUUAAAUUAAUUGAUUUACUGAUACUUGAUUAUUUAUAGUUUAAUAAAAUACAUGAUUUUGUUGUACAAGUGUUCUAAGUGUAAUGAAAUGAUUUGCCUAUAAUUUUUUUUUUCAAAUACUUCAGUUUGUCAUAAAUUUAGAACAAUAUAUUUUGUAAGCUCUUUUUUUCCAUUGAAUACAUCAGUUUUGUAUUAAUGGUUUAAUUAAAUAUUUUCUUAGAAUGAGUGUUUGAAUAAAUAUUGUUUCACUAAA